AUGCAAGACUACGAAUGCGAGUACGGCUUCGAGAGGGCCGUUGGCUCUGUUCACUGUCUGCCGACGGACGUCGCCGCUGCUGCUGCUUCGACUGCAGCAGGGCUUAACCAGCUAGCUGAUGCUGAAGAUGCAGCUGCAGCCGCUGCAUGCACCUCCUCAGCAUUCUUCUACACCGCAGCAUACAGAAAAGUUCCUGGUGACGUCUGUGAGGGCGGGUGGGUGCCAGAGAAGGUGGCGGUGCCCUGCCCCGCUCAUUCUCCGGCUUCGAGACAUUUGCAAACGUUUCAUAUGCAAUUGUUGGGAAUGCCCCUGCGGCCGCUUGGAGCGAUGAAGGCGGCGGCGGGAAUCCAAGAAAGGGCGGGCACGGCGGAGAAGAAAUGGAGGGGAGGGUACGCGGAACAGCGAAGUAUGAACCGGAGUUGA